GACAGUGAACGCAUCAUUGGAAACGAGGAGUGCGCAGGAGCGAGCGAGCAGCUGAGAAGUCAGAUGGAAAGAAGGAGGCAGCAACCACGGAUAUCAUGACAGUACAGUCGACGUUUGCCUAAAAGAAGAAGGCGAAAGCAAACACCUUCCAGUGGAACAUUGAAUGUUUCUUUUCGGCUGCGUGGAUGCAUGUCUACACCACUCCAAGGCGGGACUACAAAGAGAAGCUCCUCCAAGCCUGCAACGAGUGCGCACAGUGGUUCUUCAUGCAGGAAAGCCACCUCAUUACGCGGAGAUAUUUCCUAUGAUAUGGGCUGCAUUGAUGGAAUUUGAACGUGUACGCUUCAACUUCCUUGUGAUGAGGAACCCAGGAGAAGUGGCCGUCAUAGCUGCUUAGUGCGUAAUCGUUCUUCUCGUAUGGCUUCUCUCCCCGGGCUUUUUAAACUACACGCACACUGGUGACUGUUUCAUGGCUGUGGGGUGCAGCCGGAAGAGUCGUGCGUGGAGAAAGAGGACGGUGUAAGCAGAAGCCAGCGCACUUUUGGUCGCCUUCUUUUGCGCACGGAGGAGGUGGUGGAUGCAACUCUCCUCAGAAUCAGACUUUUCUUCUCCUCCUCCUCCUCAUUAUUAUUUUCCUCACUGCAUCUUGUUUCUUUCGUAGUAUGUCUGCACUCCGAAAGAAAUUCGGGGACGAUUAUCAGGUAGUGACCACCUCAUCCAGCGGCUCUGGCUUCAACAACCAGGCGCCCCCGGAGAAGAAGCGCAAGAGGCAGCGCUUCGUGGACAAGAACGGCCGCUGCAACGUCCAGCAUGGCAACCUGGGGGGCGAGACGAGCAGAUACCUCUCCGACUUGUUCACCACGCUGGUGGACCUGAAAUGGCGCUGGAACCUGUUCAUCUUCAUCCUCACCUACACGGUGGCGUGGCUCUUCAUGGCGUCCAUGUGGUGGUUCAUCGCCUACAUCCGCGGGGACCUCAACAAAGCCCACAACGAGAAGUACACGCCGUGUGUGGCCAACGUCUACAACUUUCCCUCCGCUUUCCUCUUCUUCAUCGAGACGGAGGCCACCAUAGGCUACGGCUAUAGGUACAUUACGGACAAAUGCCCCGAGGGGAUCAUCCUCUUCCUCUUCCAGUCCAUCCUGGGCUCCAUCGUCGAUGCCUUCCUCAUCGGCUGCAUGUUCAUCAAGAUGUCUCAGCCCAAGAAGAGGGCCGAGACGCUCAUGUUCAGCGAGCAUGCUGCCAUCUCCAUGCGAGACGGAAAACUCACGCUCAUGUUCCGAGUGGGCAACCUGCGCAACAGCCAUAUGGUUUCUGCGCAGAUCCGCUGCAAAUUGCUCAAAUCUCGGCAGACCCCCGAGGGCGAGUUCCUUCCGCUGGACCAGUUGGAGCUGGAUGUAGGUUUCAGCACGGGAGCGGAUCAGCUCUUCCUGGUGUCGCCGCUCACCAUCUGCCACGUGAUCGACACCAAAAGCCCCUUCUACGACCUCUCACAGAGGUCCAUGCAAACGGAGCAGUUUGAAAUAGUGGUGAUACUGGAGGGCAUCGUGGAGACCACAGGGAUGACCUGCCAAGCGAGGACGUCUUACACUGAGGACGAAGUUCUGUGGGGACAUCGCUUCUUCCCGGUUAUCUCCUUGGAGGAAGGGUUCUUCAAGGUGGACUACUCUCAGUUCCACGCCACCUUCGAAGUGCCUACCCCUCCCUACAGCGUAAAGGAACAGGAGGAGGCUCUGCUCCUCUCCUCGCCCGUCAUGGCGCCGUCGUUGUGCAACAGUGGGGAGAAGAACAGCUCCUUGGACUGCUUGGAGACCCUGGAGGACAAUGACAGCACCACCAAGCUGCCCACCAAGCUCCAGAAGAUCACAGGGCGGGACGGCCUGCCCAAAAAGCUUCUAAGGAUGAGCUCCACCACCUCAGAGAUGACUUACAGUUUUGGAGACCUGCCCAUGAAGCUGCAGCGAAUCAGCUCCGUUCCUGGUGUUUCCGAUGAUAAGCAGGGCGGUAAGGCCUCCAAAAUAAGCACAGAGCCCAUGAGUAAGUCGGUGGCGGACUUACCUCCCAAGCUGCAGCGACUGGCUGGGGGAGGGGGCAGGAUGGACGGACACCUACCACCUAAACUUAGAAAGAUGAAUUCAGAUCGCUUCACAUAAAGCAACGCCCCCCUCAUUUUAAGUCCUUACCUUUGUCCUGAAUUUAUGAGUGGACAAUAUUCUUCUUACUGUAUCUCAACCGAAAUGUAGACUGUGUACAAAUACCUUAUAUCAAGUAGGGUGACGCAAUUGAGCACAUUGGUCUUGGAUGUAAGUGUACAUGCAAUGAUGAAAGACUAUUUUUGGGACAAUGUACAAUUAGCACAAUCGGGCAUGUAAGAAGAAAACAGCGCAUGUAGAACCAAUCUCAAUAAUUCCUGGCAUGACAUUUACCAAUGUUUAUAUAAAAAUGAAUUUCAUUCACGAAUCUAAAGUUCCAGUGAGUGAAAAAUUGCACAAAGCCAUACGAUUUCAAACCGACAUGAUUCUAAUUUGUGGCGACGGGCGUCACACACAUUUGUUUUCAGUUUCUUGCUUUUGUUGUUUAAUGUAAAGUUGUGGCAAUGUUACGUUGACUGCAUGCUCCUCUUAUUGACUAUACAAAGGUAAUAGACAAAUAUGUUUAGCCUUAACUAUAUUACCUUGUUUCCAUUUUCAUGUUUGUUUUUUGCCCUUUCAGCGACAUGUGCAAUUUAAUGACUUUGUUUCAUUGAGCAAACACUGAAUAUUUUGUUAAAUGAUGCAUUUUUCGCCGCACCUUUUGUCCAAGCUGAAACGGACACACAGCUACGCAUUUUCCACUUGUUUAUUAAAGUCAAAUUUCAUUUAAAAGGGUCAGUCCCUGUACUUGAUAAGCACAAUGCAGUUACUGUAUAAGAAUCUCUCAUAUUUGUGAGCAUUUAUGGGCAUUUUCUUAGAAAUGACCUGUUUGGGGCAGUAGGGCAGUACUGUACAAAAAAAUCUAGAUAAGCUAUAGUAGAUGAUCAUCAAAGACACUGCCUGGUUAGAAUUAGAAGGUGGGCAUGCAUUCUCCUCUCCGCAAUGAAAGCAAUAAUAUGAAGUGCAUAAUCUUUAUAAAGCCACAGCUUCUACAACAGCCCCAUCUUCAUUGUUUACUGAAUCCAUCCCACCACUUUUGGUUCUCUCUUAAUGCAUUAAAAUAUUGUAUGUUACCGUUCAGGAAUAAAGAUCUAACAACAGUGUUUAGCGCUCUUUGGCUACAUUGUAUAUGCACGCUCUACCUCUUCCGAUCAAGUACACGCAGAAUACACAAAAACGACGACAGUCGACAGUUGGCCACUGGCCGUCAUUCUGAGCGCUGGUUACCCCGGUAACACACGGCCAUUCUCUCUGGCCCAUUUUAUUAAUCUGUCAAUCAUGGGUGUUCUCUGGUCCCCGCAAUGGUCAUCCGUGUUUUGUUGUUUAAAACCAUUUACAGUGGAAACUUGGUUUUUGCCAUUAAUCCAUUCCACAAGGUCAGACAAAAAAUAAAACGUAUGAAAACCAAAUACAUUUUUCCAAUUAAUCCAUUCCAGACACCAAAAAAUGUUAACACAUAAUAGGAUGAAUAAACCUUUAAGGACAGAAGUGCUCACUUGAACUUUAUUGUAAACUUCAGCUACUGGUACAAUUAUCAUUAUACACACUGGCCCAGCUCACUACCUACAAUGUGUCUCGCUCAAACAGCUCCCACUGCAACUGUGUGAACUCGGAACCUUCACAACAUUGUGCAUCGUUCUGUGUGUGUUCUUAGAACAAAUAAACCACCCACACAUAUAGUACAUAAUAAAGAUGAUGAAAGGAUUCCUUCGCCAGAAUCUGUCUAUGGUGUCCCAAGUCUAAAAGAACCCCUAUCCAUUCUUCACGGGCACUUGAUUCCACGGACUAGUUUGUCAGGCGCACUAUUUGGCUGUACAAUAACCGAGACAUAUUUAUUGCAAUAAUUUUCGUCGAAAACCCAUCCAUCCAUCCAUUUUUUACGGUGCUUAUUCUCACUCGUGUCGCUUGUAUGCUGGAGCCUAUCCCAGCUGACUUUGGGCGAGAGGCGGGGUACAACCUGGACUGGUCGCCAGUCAAUCACAGUGUACAUACUGUAUAGACAAACAACCAAUCACACUCACAUUCAUACCUACGGACAAUUUACAAUCGCCAAUUAACCUAACAUGCAUGUUUUUGGAAUGUGGGAGGAAACCGGAGAAAAGCCACGCACGCAAACAUGCAAACUCCACACAGGGAUGCCCAACGGAAAUUUGAACCCAGAUCUUCCCGAUCUCCUGACUGUGUGGCCAACAUGCUAACCGCUAGGUCACCGUGCGGCCUUCGUCGAAAACCAAAUCAUACAAAAACCGUAACAUAGGAAAACCAAGGUUCCACUGUAGUUCCAUGCUUGCCCACUUUGCAUUCUAGCUAGUCAUAUCAUCGCAUUGACUUUUGACAGAUUGAUUCAAAAGAUGCAUUAUCUAAGUGUUAAUGACUUGUUUUUGAUGGAUGAGUUCUCUGUUGUAACUAUGCUUUGUGCCAGUAUUUGGUGUGAGCGGCGACCUGGUGGGCGGAGUAGUUUUUUUUACUGCCUAGCGCAUUGCCCCCCCCCCAAUCACACACACACAUCAUUCCCUACCUUCCAGGCACUACUUCACUCAUGACUGGGCAUGGGAAAGAGGCUCAGGCUUGAUCUCCCUGUAGUUGGCCGCCUUUGAUGAGGGUGUCUAGUGUUGAAAGCUCCGAAACACCCACUGAUUCAAAGGUACACUACUGAUGAUGUGUCCCAAAAUUUACAUCCUUUACGCCACUCUCAACAUUCACGCCUCAUGUGAUUACCAUCUAGGAAAUUUCCAUCAAGUCUGUGUAUUUGCAAACUCUUCUCAGUGGACAAUAUGAUGGAAAUGAAACAUCACUUUACUUCUAUUGGACAGUAUCAAUAUUGUGUGAAUGGGUUUACAGUGGUCCGUCACCACUUUGCCAUUUGAAUUUUGCAGCUUCACUCCAUCACGGUUUUUCAAAAAUAUAUUCAUGAAUAAAUCAUGCUGCUUCGUGGUUGAAUACGGCCUAUUACACCCAUGCCCCUGCAAAGUCUUUUUGCUUGAUGGCAGUCAGGUUUUUCAACCGAUCUUAUUAAAAUUUUACACGCAUGCUGGUCAGUCCCCUAAAGGUGUGGACCAAACAUGGUGAUUUGGCUAAACACCCAAAAGUUACAGUGGGUGUUUUGUAGCGUCCUGUGUGAGAAAUGUCAAGUCAAUCUGACUUAUGAGGUGAAAUUGUUUAAUAACAGCGCCACCAGAGUCCACUCCACACUGAUCCUGAACAUGUGUCCUAGCAGAUAACAAAAAUACAACCUCCUGUCAGAAAUCUCAGGGACAGACAUACACUGAAAAAAUCUCAUCAAUCGACCACUCAUGCUAUAUUCUUCUGUGUUUUUGCCUCAUUGUUACAUACGCAAAAUGCUGCAAAUGUAUGCGAUCUAUUUGUAAAUCAGGGCCCAAGGAGUGUCAGAUAAGGGCUUCUGCGCCAGCACAGAGGCGGUGUCACUGCCAGAAAAAUGUUCCUCUGGCAUUUUCAUUGUUUUGUGAAAUCAGUGCUGCUGUUCUUAAUUCACAAUGCAGUCUUUCUCUCUGCCACACAUUGGGUGUAAAUAAUAGGAUUUUUUAAAAAAGAGAGACCUUGAAGGGCUUAAGGCGAUAAAAUCAGUGUUGUGAAAGAAGAACCAACAGCUCAGUCAAUUUGUGUCUUUAACCUGUUGUAGCCUUUUUGUGUGGUUCUUACAAACCCAAUCAGAAUAGCAAAACUGGUGGUACCACAAAGUGGGGCGUCCGUCCCUUCAUGCCCAAACUGAAUCAACACUUGCUGUGCCAGAAUACACUGUCCCUUUAUCAUAUCAUCGAGGACAUCUCUGCUCACUCUUAUUCCUUUGUCACACAGGCAGUGACAUGUCUAUGUAGAAAAAGGACUUCAAUGUUAAAGUAAUAGACGCAAAUGUUCAUUCGAAAUGGGAACAAUAUGGCCAUCUCUGAAAUUGUGGGAGAUGAUCGGAGAUUGAGAGAUGUUCUGGUAGGCUAAGUCUUAUUGGCAGGUUUCUUGAUAAGUAACAUCUGGCACAGAUUAGAAGUGGAAAUAGAAACAAGGCUUGCUGUCAAUGAGUUUGUGUUUCCUCGGUUCUAAUCCAAUGUACAGUACAUAUAGAACAGACCUUUGAGAUCAUUGCAGAAAAAAUACACACAAACGUAAAACACAAUACUGUACAAUGGAUUGUGCUAUCGUUUAUGUUGAAAGUGUGCCAAGAAAAAUAGUGUAUGGCAUGUCAGAUGGUCCACGGGGGUUAGAAGGGACGUGUAAGAUGGGGUCAGAUAGCUCAGAAGGUGUGUUAGAUGACCCAGAAGAAGGUUAGGUAGUCAGUAGUAAUUAACACAUGGUAAAGUAACGGUGCUGAUAUUCGAUGAAACGUAGCAAGAAUAAUAUCAUAAAAUAGAUAGACGCUUAUCCGAGUCAGCUAUGCUGAAGACUGGGGAGUGUAGAACCCUUAAGGGAGGACUCAUAGAGGAGUCAUUGAGUAGGAAGUUUCCAUACUUUCUAACAGGAGUGAUCCUUAAUUUGUCCACUAGAUGUAGUCAAAGAGGGCACACUAGCUAGGGGCAAAGAGAUGUAGACUAAUAGCACCCUCUCUGGACCCCCUUUCAGGAAAAUCACCUUAAUAUUCUGUACCAUAGACAUGCAUUGUUUGCAGUAUAUAAUAGAUUCCCACUAAUCGCGGGGGUUACUUUCCGAGACAACCCACAAGUAACUGAGACGCCUGUGAAAAUGUGUAUUUUUGACAUACGGCUCGCUCCUUCCCCUCCAAACCCUCCUCUUUUGGCCUAAAUUAAGCAUUUUCAAGCAUAAAAAUGGCUAAAUGAACUAAACUACAAAUAUAAAACACUCAGAAGAGGCAGUCAAAGACGUGAUUUGUUGUAGUAUUUUACACUCGUCGCUCAGUGUCAGUAAUGUUACUGUAAUGUUUGGAGAGCAUCAGACCUGAUAGCUGGAACAACAGGCUUUUAUUGCAGGUCCUAAAUUAUCUCACAAGAGGCACGAUAAUCCUUUACAUGAGCUACUGUUGCGGCUGUAACCCACGCCAAACCAAAACUCAGCUCUGAACUCCCGACAUCACUGCCUGUCCAUGCCCCAAAUAGCACAACUAGCACUGGAAAACAUUUACAGCAACACACAAGUAUUAUUUAUGUCUCUUAUUAUGAUUAGUAUAUUGGGUAAUACGAUUGUAAAGGUGACAAUAGGGGUGUUAUUUCAUGUCCAGAGGGCUCUAAUAAUAUUAAAAACUGUAUUUAAAAGGUCAUAAACAGGUUUUCUAUGCUCUAAGUAUGAAAAUAUUUCAUUUAUAAAUAAGGUAUCCUACUUUGCGGAAAUUCACUUCGGGUCUGGAACCAUUUAACCGUGAUAAACGAGGGAUGACUGUGUACUUUUUUAAGAAAAGUUGGGGAAGGUUAAUCACCUACAGUAUUUGGUAUUGUUCGAUCAUUGCUAACAAAUAUUACAUGAUAUUACAUUAUUAAUUAAAAUCCAAAUUGUAAGACCAGUUGAAAAAUUGCAAGAAUUUACAUUUUGCACUGUUGAAUCUUAAGGAGGUUCUAAGUAGAGUUUCAAAAUUCAAAAUGUUUUUUGAGUAAGCAAUCGCAAACAACCACUAAACUGAAAUAGUUUGUUCAUCAGCUGAUCAAAAGUUAAAGUCCAUAGCUAAAAAACCCUCAACCCCCCCCCAAAACAAAAAAAGACUCAGCAAUGAGUAGCUGCGCCAUUCUUGUUAAUCACCUGAAAAUCUCCAUAUAGCCAGCUGCCAUUGGACGCCCCUGCACAACCUGAAACUCCAUUGUUUCGUCAUGAUGGCGCCCCCUCCGCUGUGCUGUGUGGAAAACAUCUCAGCUGGGAUCUCCUUGUCAUGCAUGUAACAUUGGAAGACAUCAGGUCCGUCAAGGUUACAUUUUUUUCUCAUCAGAGAUUCUCAUCUUUGCAUGUCCCAUGUUUCCACAUGGGAAGGAGGUUGAAGGUUGAAAGUUUUUUGUUCUUUUGUUCUCUCUCGCAGUAGCUGUCUGAUGCCUAUUGGACGGCACUUGGCACCAAUAACAACCUUCAUUUUGGGUCGAGGAUCCUCCUGUGUCUUCAUGGGCAGCCAAUCGAAUCCUCUGGUUCAGGGCGGGUGAAUUUUUUUGGUGGGUCUACCACUUGACUUUUUUGUUCCAUAACUCUCAGGAUCUUUUAAGAAGUUUAAAAUGACUGUCUGACUGCGACCAACCUCAGCAGCAAUGGUGCGCUGCGAGAGACCUUGCUUAUGCAGCUCAACAAUCCGAGCGUGUUCAAAGAGAGAAAGCUUUUGGUCUCACUCCCAUUUCUUCUUUUUGCAUUUCGAAGCUCUACUUAGAACAGGGGUUCUUAACCUUCUUGACCUCGGGGACCAACUUUUUCUGUAUGCUGUGGAAUGAAUCAAAUCCACUUGCAAUUAAAAAGCUAAACCCUUGUCAGCCUUGUAUGUCUGAGGCCAUGUCCACGAUUUGAUGACUCACAGUGUCGUUUGAAAGUGUCAGCAGCUUCUUUGCAGCGGCUUCUUCGAUCAUCUCACAGCACAUAUGAACUGCGGCUGACAGAACCAACUCCUCCCCUGUAGUGAAUGGCUUCUUGCUGUGUUCUAUACGUCUGGCAACCAGAUAGCUGGCUUUCAAAGCACAUUUGGAGGUGCUAACCAUUGUCACAACAGACCUUUUUUUGAUCUGAAAUCCAUUUUCUUUUUGUCUGAAGAAUUCCACCAGCUUUCCUACGAGCAUCGCAUGUUUGGUCUUGAGAUGCCGCUUUAGCUUAGACAGCUUCAGAGCUUCUUUGGACAGCAUUAAGCCGCAUUUGACACACUGCACUCUGGGCUCUAUCUCGGUGCCUCCAUUCACAAAGCCGUACUUUAUAAAGUCAGGAUUGUAUUUCUGGAAAAAAAUUGUCUUUUGAGGGAGUUCGUCCUUAGUUUCAUCUUUAUUUUUUCUUUUUAAAAACUUCUCCCUCACUUAGCUGCUAGUUGAGUGUCUUCUGUGGCUAAUGUAUUACUGUGACUGUGACUGAUGUAUUACUGCCACAAGUGGUGGGAGGCUUUAUUGCAACUGAUUGUCUCACAGAUAACAGCCCUUACAUUUGUGCGGCCCUCCAGGUGGCGCUGGCAGCCCAAGCAUUAAGAAUCUCUGACUUAGAAUCACCUUAAGAUCCAACAGUGCAAAAUGUAAAUUCUUGCAAUUUUUCAACUGGUCUUAAAAUUUUCAUCAGAACCCCUGUUUUAAUGUAUUGCAUAAACGUUUGUGUCCAUUACUGAGAAAUAACGAACCAAAAUGUAUUUAAACAAAUAUUGAAUGAUAUUACAUGAUAUUACUACUAGGGAUGUCCCGAUCUGAUCUUCAGGAUCGGGAUCGGCUAUCGAUCCACUGUAUUUUGAAGAUUGGAUAAAGUUGGCGUCUGCCACGAGAUCGGUUGCUGUAUAAUGUUCGAAACACUGCGCCACACUCCAACAUUCUAGGUGUGGUAAUGGGCCUCACAGCUGGUUGUCACUCGACUCCCGCCACCUGCAAGAAGAAGAAAACGCAACACCACCAUGCAGACAUGUCUGCGGUGUGCCGUAGUGAAGUUAGUUUUACGUUGGACGUUGGAUAUUCUGCUCCGUAGCUACAGCGGUAGCUCCCCCUCACUGUGCCCGGACUGCUGUGUCUUGGUGCGAGGAGCUCGCAUGGGAAGUGCCGCUCUAACCGCUGGUUGUUUAUACUAGGGACUAGGGAUCAAUUACUAUUUUAAUAUAAGAGAAUUUGUUUAAAAAAAAGUCAUAUAUUCUAAAUCACACCACAAAUUGAUCUAUAACAAUGUCAAAUGAUUAGUCCUACCCUAAAAGUAUUUUGCACGGCCAUUUUUAUUGGAUGGACUUUUAUUGGAUCUUUUAUUGAA